AUGGCCGCUCUCGUCGCUGAGAACUUCCGAUUCCUCUCCUUGUUCUUCAAGAGCAAAGACGUGAUGAUCUUCAAUGGUUUGGUGGCCCUGGGCACAGUGGGGAGCGAGGAGCUCUUCUCAGUCGUUGCCUUCAACUGCCCCUGCUCCCCUGCCCGCAACUACAUCUACGGGCUGGCUGCCAUCGGAGUCCCAGCCCUGGCCCUCUUUCUCAUUGGUGUCAUCUGGAACAACCACACCUGGAACCUGGUGGCCGAGUGCCACAAGCGGGGCAUCAAGAACUUCUCUGCUGCUGCCACCUUUCUCCUCUUUGGUUCCAUUAUGGGCCGGGCAGCUGUGGCACCCAUCACCUGGUCGGUCAUCUCGCUGCUGCGCGGAGAGGCUUAUAUCUGUGCCCUCAGCGAGUUUGUCAAGCCAUCCUCUCUGGACAAGUUCCCAGCCGAUCAUGGGGCCGAGGUACUGGCCAGGUUCCCCUGUAAAGACGUGCCAGCUAACCUCACCAAGUUCAGGGAUGAGGUGACACGGAGGCUGAGAUAUGAGUCCCAGCUCUUUGGCUGGCUGCUUAUUGGCAUCGUUGCAGUCCUGGUUUUCCUUACCAAGUGCCUGAAGCAUUGCUGCUCACCACUGAGCUACCGGCAGGAGGCUUACUGGGCCCAAUACCGCUCCAAAGAAGACAAGGUCUUUGAGGUCCAUUCCAGGAUCCUAGCAGCCAAGAAUGUGAAACAAUUCUUCGGCUUCGUGGCGCUGGACAAGGAGGAGAAGGAGCUAGUGCAGGAGUUUCCAGUGGAGGGUGUCCAGCCAAGCCCUCAGUGGAAUGCCAUUACAGGUGUCUACAUCUACCGGGAGAACAAGGGCUUCCCCCUCUACAGCCGGCUCCACAAAUGGGCCAAAGGGGUGGAAGGGAAUGGCCCAAGCCCAGAAGGCCACGAAAUGCUUUUUUUGGCUUCUUAA